AUGUACCGCGAGGCAGAUGUUCCGCGGCGGCGGGAGAAGCUCGGACCAGGGCCGAGACUCCCGGGAAGGCUCCCUCAGUCGUGGCGGUCGGACGCAGCACCGCCGGAGCCCCACGCGCACAUGGGGAGCCUCGUCGUGGAGACCGCCGCGUCUCCGCGGAAGCCGCAACCGCAACUGGCGUUUCCGCGCUCCGUUUCGAGCCCCGGGGCGACCAGCCUCUCCGCCGCGCCGCCGCCGGCUGCCCUCCUGGCCCGACAGCAGUUUCCGUCUUCCAAGUCGCUCCCGACGCCCCACGACCACCCAGUUGUUCCUUCUGACGAAUCCUCCGCGACUGCUCCGGCUGUUCGUUUCUCCACUGCUACGCGGGCUUCCGCUAAUCAUGGUAGCAACGAUGCUGGCGUGAUUACCGCUUCACCAUUGCUCGCCGUUUCGCGUACGGAGCUAGUCGUCGCUCAAGUUGAGUCGCACGUUGAGCCUAGCUAUUCGUUGACUCCCCACCCGCCGUCCUUUCCGCCGUCGCCGACUGCUUCGACGUCCCGCCUCCGACUCUCCCGCUUCCGAAGCGUCGCGCCUUCCGCCGCUGCUCCCGCCGCUGCUGCCGCUCCUACUGCUGCGCACGCUGCCGCUCCUCCCGCUGCCACGUCAGCCGCUACAUUCCAGCCAGCGAGCCACGUCGACAUGAGCAGCAGGCUCGCCCAUACUCGUCCGCGCCCCAACCUUCGAGUCGACCUCCCUUCGUCACAGUCACAUCCCGACGCCCUCUCCACACAGUCACACUCUAUCUUUUCCCCCGAUACGUCCCCCGCGCCGUCUCCGCCCUUCACCGCGCCCAUACUCCCCCCUCCGCUCGUGCUCCUCUCUGCCGCCCAGCUCGGCUACUCCCCCCGUUACGGUCACACUGGGGCCAAGAACAGCAUCAGGGCCGGUCCUGGUGGGUGCAACGAGAGCUCAGACCAGAGCAGUUUCCCAACGGAGGAGUACCAAGUCAGGUCCCAUGAGCGCUUCAACAACUGUGGGAUCGCCAUUUUCGUCUUCGUCCUCGUCAUCGUCCACACUAGACGGCCUCUUCCGUCUCCCCCCAGGCCUGCCUCUCUUGCUUCUUCACCAGACCCAAACCAUGCGUCUGCAGCACCGGCAGCCAUAGAUCUGUUUCCAAACUCGCGUUGCUUUCUCCAAGCUUGCCUUCCUUUCUUCCCUUGCCUCCGGCAAUGGAUCCUCAAGCCAUGGCAGACGGCGUCCAUCAUCAAGCUACGACGGGGGCCUCGCAAUGCAAGUCAUCUGCUGCCGAUCGAGGCUGCGCGCGUGCGCUUCCUGCACCUGAUCAUCGACCACUUUGUGACGUACCACAUCGUCCCCAUCUCUGAGGAAUCACAGCUCGCAGCAUCGCACUCCCCAGGGGAGAGGAGGAAGCGCAGAGCGAGAGAGAUGGAGGACGGGCAGCCGCCAGUGGAGCAGCAGGUGAUCCGGCCGUCAUACGAGGGGGACCCGCGGCAUCUGCUGCCGCUCAUCUUCCUGGCGAACGCGUAUGAGACGCUGGUGGGCGAGGUGAACGGGCGCAUGGCGGAGAUGGACGUGCUGCGCGGCAAGACCAUGGGGCUCGCGCUUGAGGCUGCUGGAGGAUUGUAUCGCCGCAUGGUCGAGAAAUUCCCCAAGUCCGGAGCCGUGACCAUAUUCAGGCGAAGGGAGAUGGCGUCUGCACUGGAGGCUAGGGCGCGCUUCCCCCAGCUGGUGCUGGGGCGGGACGACAAGCGCGUGCGGUUCAUUGUGGUGCACGGGCUGGAGCUCGUGGAACGACCCUCCACCAUGUCACCUGACGAUGCUGAGUGGUUCAAGAGGAUAACCGGGCGGCAUGAGGUGGCAAUAUACCCGCGGGACUUCAAGUACUUCACGCCGCGGCCCAAACCCCGGAGGGUGCCUCAGCCGUCCGUGUCUGCUGUUUCUGUGGCGAACCCGGCUGAACUCGCUGCUCCCAUGCACCACAUGGCUAUGGGGGGGGAGGGGCAGCAAGGCAUGGGGCCGGGGGGGCAUGUGCCUCCGCAUUUGCCGAGGGGGUUGCUGCCUUCUGGGUCGCACCACCUGGCCAUGGUUCUCACCCCGGAGGGGGAGGGGCAGCAGGGCACGGGGCCGGGGGGGGCAUGUGCCUCUGCAUUUGCCGAGGGGGUUGUUGCCUUCUGGGUCGCAUCACCUGGCCAUGGUUCUCACCCCGGUAAGUGCAUUGAGGUUGGGAUUCUGACCACUAAUGGUUGUGUCUGUAUGGAGUAUGUCUCCAAAUGGUAA